AUGCGCUUCAACCUCGCUAUCGCUGCUGCCUUGGCCCUUGUGCCCGCCGUAGUCCUGGCUCAAGGCAACACCGGUCCUGACGCUGGAACGGUUGUCAUGUGAGUUGGCUCAGAUAGAAGGCGUAUAGACAGGCGAGCUAGCAACAAUGGCUAGGAUUGAGCAUGCUGCUCCACCCACUUCGUUCGUUACCUGGUCGCUGACGUCUUCUCAUUUUCAUUCGCGUCCCAUUCACCUUCUCUCGCUUCCUAGCGUGGCUCCUGACGGCACCAAUGCAGGCACCGUCAUCACGGCGCAGCCUACUCCCAGUGCCAGCGGGGGCGCAGGAUCUGAGGUACCCACGCUGACGCCCACUGCAGGGGGUGGACCAGAAAGCACUACGACGAGCUCUGAAGAGAGUUCGUCGGUAUCCACAACCACGACUUCCAGCUCUAGCACCAGCUCCACACCUACCUCCAGCACAAGUUCCACUUCCAGCGCUCCUACUUCCUCUUCCCCCAGAAGCCCCGAUGCUGCGGUUGGAAAGAUUCACCUGAGUGGCGCUACCGCCCAGCUCGGUCUCGCCAUGGUUGGAGUCGUUCUCGGAGGUGCCUUUGUCCUCUGA